AUGCCGGACGCGCAUCGAAAGACACAGACCCCGCUUCUGAAUGAACUGUUUCCUGAGCUAGCACACGGUAGCAAAAGAGUUCGGAAACCAGCUCAUGAGGAGCAUGAGGUACCAAAGUUGAGCCUUGACUUUCAAAAACAAAACGUCAAACGACGACCAAAUUUGAUCGCGCGCGACGACUGGACCAACAAACGUAUGCAGGAAAUGUACGUGAAUGACAUUGUCGUUAUACAUCUUCACGGUCUUAGUAGCAACUUGAGCGAAGAAGAUAUUAAGCGUCUAGUGCCCCAGGCCAGCAAGGACAUCGAGGGCUGGUCGGACCCGGAUUUCAUCAAAGUUAUCCCUGUCCGCGACGACUACACAUUAGAGCGUUUGGAUCAGUACUACGUCCUCUUCCGCAACGUUCGCAGCGCUCGCGCCUUCCAAGACCGCGUGCGAGUUCUGCACGCAAAGACCAAAGCGCACGCCACAAGCUCUCUUCUUUCCGCCCUACCUCCCCCGCCCGGCUUCCGCGACGAUAGGGGCGACGAUCUCCAUGCCGCCCUGCAAUCAUACACUCUCGGCCCUCCCGCUAGCGACAGGGUCUAUUGUAACAUCGUCCCGCACCCGUACCCGCGCAAGCUCCACGAUCUGUUUGCCCGGGGCGGCUACGAGCCUAUAGUCGGUGCCGGCGGCGCCAUCGGCGCCGACGCUGAUAUCGACACUGUCGCUAAAGUCCUCCUCUGGUUCAUCGGACCUCAGCCAACCAUUGGCGAACUCCGCAAAACCAUUGCCCGCGACGGUAAAGACCGCGGCAUGCCUUGGGCCGUGGUUGACGGUAUCCACGGCCCAGAAGGCGUCAUCAGACUGACGCAUCACUCGAAAAACGAACCGGCUAAUAGUGAUGCUUCUGAAGAUCGCAUUGAGCGCAAGGUAGGAGUUCGGUAUGUCAUCAACUUCGAAAAUCGGAGCGAGGCGCAAAGAUUCUCGAGGAGGUGGCAUUGUGAAGCCUUUAGGUGGGGCGACGGUGUGUACGAGAACGGUGAAGGCCCGCCCGAAGCGAGAACAGAGGUGUUGUGGUAG